AUGGCAAUAGUAGAUAUUCAUGAAGAUAUCAUCAAAACCCACAUCUUGACCAGACUCGACGGUCAAACACUCGCCGCCGCCGGCUGUACAUCUUCUCAGCUACAAACCCUCUGCACCGAUCACAAACUAUGGUCCGAUAUCUGCUCUUCCAGUUGGCCCUCCAUCGCCGACCCUCUAGUCAGCGAAGCUAUCUCCAACUUCCCUUCCGGCUACCGUUCUUUCUACUCCGACUCCUUCCCAUCUCCCAGCCACCACCUCUCCACUGCCAUAUCAUCACCUCCAACUACCCAUAUCAUCUCCUCCGUCGACAUCAGAUACCACGACGAACUCGUAUUCUCCAAGGCGGAAUCCACCAACACCACCCCCAGCGACUGGUUCCAAUCGUCUCCGUUUCGUAUUGAUCUUCUCGGACCCAAAGAAGUCGUACCUUCGGCCGUUAAAUUCUCCGGAGAAGAUCAGACACUUCUGUCGAAUCUUGAAAAGAACAUGACGUUGAAUUGGAUCAUGAUAGACCCAAGCCAGAACCGGGGAGUGAAUCUAUCAAGCAUAAAUCCUGUUUCUGUCCAACGGAACUGGUUGACCGGCGACCUAGAGGUGACGUUCGCGGUCGUGAUCGUCCCUGACUUUCUCCUCCAUAAUAAGGAUUACGUGAACUGCAACAUACAGAUCACAUGCGGAGUGAAAGAAGUCUGCGGAGUAUUAAACGUAAGUAGGAUUAGCUUAACGGUACUUGACAUGGAUAGCAAGUGUUUGAGCGGAAAGGAGAGUAUGGUAAUUUUACAAGGACUUACGGUGGCCCAGAGGCGGAGAAGGAGGUAUAGCGGCGGAGGAGAGGAGCAAAAAGAAAGAUACGAUGAGUUCAUUCGAAAGAGGAGAGAGAGAAAGGAGAAUAUGGAGAGGAAAGAACGACGGGUGGACAUGGCUUGCGUCGCCAGUGGGGUAGCCAUCUUUAUGGCAUUUUGGUCGUUUGCCCUAUCGUGGUAA